CCAAAACAAGUUACCUAUAAAUACAUAAUUAGACCAUAGCGAAAAGAAAUGAAAACAAAAACCAAGAACGAGAAAUAACAAUACUAGCGAAAUGAAUUAUUGUUCUCGCUAUUAUCUAGCUAUCAUUCUCGAGUACGCGAAAAGAAAAUCCCAACAAAUGUAGAAAUGAACUAAAGAACGUAUGCGACAAAGUAGUAGUAAAGGAAAGCAAUAAGAAAAGAAACAAAUAGAGAUUGCGGUAGAUAGGCAACAGCUGAUAAACAAGAAAUAAAAGAAUCCAACCAAAUGUAGAAACAAACCAAAAGUGAUACGAAAAUCAACAGAAAAGUGAAUAUGCAUUGAGCAGAGUAUAUACUCUGUAUUGAGUGCGCAGACCAUUUUAAAAAUUCAUUCCGUAGUGAAUUCCAUCAGAAACGGCAGUAAUUCCGUGUUGGACGCGUAUGGGUGUAAUUUGUAUAUCUAAUUUUCAAUUUUGAUGACAAAAAGUACAUGUACAAAUUUUAUUAUAAAGUGUUUUAAAAGAACUGAAAUUGAAAUAGCGAACAUUUAAUCAGUUAUAAUAAUAAAAUAACAAGUUCCAAAACCAAAAAUUGAUUUCGUGUUACAGGUAAGAAAUUUUGCGAAAAGAUGUAACUCAAAGAUAUCGAAAACAUCGUAAAAUCAACUUGUAAAUCAUAUCGGAAGGUUAAAAUAAGAAAGUCCAAUAAAAUUAAAGAAAGACAAAAAAAUCGGAAAGUAUAUAAUAAAAUGUUCUCGUUUCACAAACCACGAGUUUAUCGCUCGGCUGAAGGAUGUUGCAUUUGUCGUGCAAAGUCGAGUAGUUCACGUUUUACUGACUCACGUAAAUACGAACAGGACUCAAUGAAAUGUUUCAACUUGAAAUAUCCUCGUCAUGGAGAAAUUUGCAAUGCAUGUGUUUUGCUGGUGAAACGUUUUAAACGGCUUCCAGGAGGCAGCACCCGACAUUGGGGACAUGUGGUUGACGCUCGUGCGGGACCCGGAACAAAAUCCAUCUCAAAACACAAAAAAAGUCGCGACGAUUCGGAAGCUACAGCGCAUAGUGCUUCAAGUAAUAAUACAAAUUCUCGACGAGCACCCAAUUCAAAGUCACUCAUUUCCGAAAAAUUUUCCAAAAUAUUUAAAAAGAGUAAAAAAAGCAAAUUAGGCGCCGGCGCCUGCUCCGAAAGGAAAACUGAUGAAUGUAGACGAUCUUCUGUCCCUGAGUUAAAAACCUGGAAGGACCAACAUUUGUUUUCUGCAACACUUGAUUCAAUGGAUAGCGACUAUGAAGAUAUCGGCGAAGGCGGUGAUGUUUACGAUUCGAAACGAGGAAAUGUAAACGUAAAUAAUUCAACAGUGCAAUUUCAAACCCAAACCCGUGCAUCUGCAAACCGUGCCUCCCGAAGGGCAACCAAUAUUAGUAAUGUUUCCAAUAAUCGCUGUAAGAGUCCUCUAAAAACAGGAAGCAAACGACGUAAAUGUAUGCCUCCUAUUAGAAAUCGGUCUACAUUAAAACUGGUCAGUGAUAAAACACAAUUCUUUGAUGAAACGGAAUGGCAAGAACGUAAGACUUGCUGUGGCAUGAUGUAUGUGUGCCCAUCGUUAGCUGGAGCAAUACUACUCGAUGUUGAAAAAUUUGAAGUCUGCGCGGAACAUAAACGCUCGCAAAUUUUGCAUACUGAGACCAAGUCAUCGACCAAUGAGGAACUGUCAUCUACUUUGCAAAAGACAAUCAUCGCUACAAUGCCAGCCGUAGUUCAAUUAUCUACGCCAUCGGUGGCUAGCGUCUGUCCACCUCCGUUGCCCAAUCCAGUGAAUGCAAUAAAAACCAAUCGUACACCAGUAUUGAAGAAGCAUCAUUUGUUCUUCAAACGACAGUCGGAAAGUUUUCCUCAAGUGGAUCUCGCUGUUAAUAAUAAUAUUACAAAUUCCCCAAAUAAGACUGAAUCUCUGGCAGUAUCAACAAACACUCCCGUUAUAAUUAAAAGCACCACACACAUUGCAAAUCACAGUGGCUCAACACCGCAUUCGUCAGCAAUAUCGAUUGGAAGCAACUCAAAUAUUGUCGUUUCCACAUCAUUACCGCUUGCAAUAAAUACCACAAAUGUAUCUGCCAUAUCGAGCAUUUCUUCUUCCAAUGCAACAUCUGUGAGUGCGCAAAUGCCAAGGCAUUCAACUGCCAAGGUUACUACAAUUUCACCACCCUUACCAACAACAAAUAUAAUCGGGGGCAAUAGGCUUUUACAUAAAAUAAAGGCGGGAAAAAUUUUCAAGCAUUCUUUGGAAAAAAUUGGUGUUACGUCCACAGCCUCACCAGUCUCGUCAGCGACUGUGGAGCGUAUUAAGGCUGGCGAUUUCCAAGAUAUAAAACCAGUAAUGCGAAACGUGACAAAAUCAUAUGUGGUCUCAAAACCAAUAACGGGCGGGCACAAUCAGCAGAGUACGCAAUACUAUCCCGUCGGUUCGUCACCAUCAUCCACAUGCUCCAACUCUUCGGCUGCUUCUUCCUCAUCAUCCUCGACUGCACCAAAGUUUAGUGACAAUUCCUCUGAUUCCGGAUUCGACGAAAAUCUACAGGAUAGAAAAUCGGCAAGUCCUCUGGAGGAUACAGAGAAAAAACUGGCAGCUCGUGCAGCAAUAGGCAAUGUGCAUACGAUGUUUUUGGCAAGUGGCGUCCAGAUACAUGGUCAGCCACAAAAUUUAAUGCUUACUGGUAAUGAGGUAGCUGCAAAAUUAUUGCAGAAUCGCAAACAACAUUUGGCUAUGAUGGCAAAUUCCAGUGCUGGGGCUAUGCAGCAACAUUUUCAACAACAACAAUCAGCAACUAAUGUCUCGCGUAUUGGUUCGGCUACACCAUCCUUAAAAAUCUCUCCAGUCACCCCCGCUACAAUAUCUGCCAUAUCAGUAGGAAAUUCUCACAACAAGGCAACAUCAGCGACAUUAACUACAUCUCGUGCAAUCUACAAUAACAAUACCAUACAACAUGAAAACGGUGUGACAACAAUCGUGCCAGCAUCCUCGUUAGCUGCAUCAACACAAACCGCAGCUAUGAAUGCACUAGCUCCUAGUACCGUAACAAUAACACCUGCACCAACGCAUCAAUUAGGAAAUACAGCAUCUAGUACGUCGUUGGGUUUAACAAAAAAACUGACAACGAGUGGGGUUGGAGUAAAUUUAAUAGCAACUGGUGGCAGCAAUCAAAGCAAUAUUCUACACACAGUAACGAACGCUGCUUCACAUUUGAUCAAUCAUGGCAAUAGCACACUGUUGCACCAACAAGCACACCAUCUACAACAGCAGCAACCACUUCAACAUCACAACAACGCGAGCAAUUUGAAUCAGAAGAUUAUUCUACUGAAGACAUCUGGCACAACGAAGUAUAAUAAUUUGGCGAAUAUCAGCAGCAAUAGUCUUAAUAGCGUUAAGCUGCCGAACGGCGCAACACCAAUUGCUGCAACACCAGUGAAUACCGCCGGAGUUUGCAAGAAUUGACAAAGCGGCAGUAGACAGAAAUUCACGCGCUAGUGCUUUACUUGGUUCCCACUUCCUUAUUUUUAAACAGUUGGUGUGGGAUAGAAAUAUUGAGUUGCAAUGAUUGCUUUUAUAUACUUAUAUUGCGUCCUAUUUGUGUUCUUUGAACGCGUACUUUACUGUUUAAUUGCUUCGUCACGUUGGUGCUGAGCAAUUUCAAGUUGCCAUUUGUGUAGCACAUAGAAAAUACUCGUAAAAAAACUAUAUUUUUAAAAGGGAGAAAUGAUCGGGUUCCAAAUUUGAUUUUUAUAAUUGCAGCGAUAACUUCACCAGCAUUGAGAGGUUACAUAUAUAUUUUUAGAUUUUUAUUUUAUGCACAUAUUGCCAUUUCAAACCAUGUUUAGUUUUAUUCAUACCGAUUUUUAAUUAAUUAUAAA